GAAGGGACGCUCCGCCGGACGCUCCCCGGCUCCCCUCGUGCGCUCUGCCCGGACGCUCCUCGACGGCGACGAGCAAGCAGGCGACCAUGAAGCUGGUGGUGGCUCUGGCCGUCCUCGCCCUGGUGUCGGCGCAAGCGCUGGCCGACGAGCUGGGGGACAACGACGAGCUGAGCUACUUCGCCGACUGGUCCGAGGGCGACCAGAACAAGGAGGAGCUGCCCUUUCCCAUUGAGCACUUUCUCCAGAGAAUUGCCAGGCGACCCAGACCUCAGCAGUUUUACGGCUUAAUGGGAAAGCGAGAUGCUGGAUAUGGCCCACUAUCUCAUAAAAGACAUAAAACAGACUCAUUUGUUGGACUCAUGGGCAAAAGAUCUUUAAAUUCUGGAUCUUCUGAAUGGAACACAGCACAGAUUUAUGAAAGGAGACGUAAAUGAGACCAUUCCUCCCUCCCCCACUCAUUAUUUAUUGAACUUUAUUUGUUUAAAUGGC